AGUAGUUUAUGUAGCAAGGUUUUUAACAUGUCUCCUUUGUUCUGUAUCGCCGUGAUCGAGGAUGACAGUGUGGGGGUGUGUGGAGGAAUCUUCUGCUCAGAUGACAGCGAAUGUCCAGAUGUUCAGAUCUGCUGUGCUAGUGCUUGUGGUGGACAGCUGUGUACGAAUCCUGUUAAUUAUCACCCAAAGUGUGGGGUGUGUCCUGAUGGUCAAGACUGUGUCAACACGGGAAUCGUGUGUGUCCGCUCACCUUGCCCAGGUGAAGAUUCAGGUGCCUGCAUCGCACGUGAAAUUAUCCAGCAGCCUGUAGUGCACGAUCGCAUCAAUGAGAUUAACCACGCUGAUGUAUAGCUUCAAUAGAAAUUGUUAGUUUUAUCUUUAAUAUUCUUGUUUUGGGUAAUAUUAUUUAAAGUGAUUUAUUGAUUGAUUAAAAAUUUUUAAAGUAAAUGUGCGUUAAAACGCAAUAUCUAAAACGUUAAGAGAAUAAACUUGU